UUCCAGGCGAAAGUCCACGCCUCCAUGCUCUGGGCCAUAGGGAAGGCUUACGGCGGAAUGGUGCCUCCUGAGCUGCAGUGGCCGUUCUUCACAGAUGACGAGGGUACAGAACAGCUGACACCGUUGUUGGUUGGCAUGCUGACAGCAGGAGAGCUGUACUGCAUGAUCUGUCAUUGUUGACAUGUUUGUUGUUGUUGUUUACAGGGUACAGAACAGCUGACACCGUUGCUAGUUGGCAUGUUGACAGCAGGAGAGCUGUACUGCAUGAUCUGUACCCAGAUGUUCCGUGAGCCGUGUGACUGGGGAGGACACUGGAGUGUGAUCCAGGCGCUGAGUCGGAGAGGCAUCCAGGCCAUGGAGGAUGAGGAAAACGGGGUCUCACAGGAGAACUUACAGGAGGCACAGCCGAUAAACCUGAAGUCUCACCUGGCUGUGUUAGAUGCCUUGAUGGAGGCUUACAUUAACGAGGUCAUCAGUAUUGAGGGAGUCGUCACAGCAGUCAAGAAAUUUGCGACGUUCAAUGCAUCCCAGGAGCUGCCGUAUGACAUGGAGGAUGCCCUGCUGUUCUGGUUAAAUAAAGUGGGGAGAACUCUACAGGACAGGAGGGGCAGUAAGAAGGCGAACGACCCGGAGGGCGGUGACCCCAGUGGCUGGGACCUCCCCACACUGGAUGACAUCUUGAAGGACCUGAGUGACGGGCGGGUGCUUCUUGCUGUGCUCUGCUUCUACUGUCCCAACCACAUCCGCCCUGAAGAUGGCCAGCUGGGUUCCCUGAUUUCGAUGUCGGAGUCAGUGCGAAACCUGUCGUUGGUGCGGCGGUUUUGUGACCAGCACCUUGGAGCCAUGUUCCACCUGUCUUACGAGGAUGUUCUUUACAGUCCGGAGGUGCUCAAGCCCAACAUCAAGGCAUUCAUCGCUGAGCUGUUCUGGUGGCUAGAAGUGAUCCGACCGGAUAUCGUACAGCCUGCACUAACCAACCAUCAACAAACAAUUCCGUUAGAAGCAGAAAUGUCCUCCACACCGACCCGAGCCCGUCCGCGCCCAAACGUCCCCAUCAGCAAGGCGACGAAGAGGAGCUUCCAGACUCCGGACCGCGACUCUCCGAGUAACCUAAGCAUCACUCCAUCCCACAGCAGCCCAGAUAUCAGCAGACACACACCGCUUCUGGCACUCAGACAUCGCGCAAAACAGAACAGUCAGCAGGGGGAGGGUGAAGAAGUUCUCCACCCUUUAAGAAGAUCCAACUCCUUGAACUCUGCCUCAGAUGCGAGUGUGAAGGGUUCUGUCAUGGCCUGGCCAGAGGUUGCCAAUAGCAACGGGGGAUUGCCACGCCCAGGUCAUGUUGGCCAUGAGUCCCAACAGGAUAUGGACCUGGAGAGCGUUUCCUCCCGACCAGAGUCUCGCUCCGACCGAGCGGACAGUAGCAUGGCUUCACAGGACUCCCAGGCACCGCGGGAACCAUUGAUGCCUGCGGUUCUCAGACCAUCCAAGGAGAAAAGCAACGCUUGUAAAAAGGAGGACGAACUAGGAGAGGGUCCGGACAAGUCUGUGACAAAAAUCGACCGGACCGGGCGGCUUCGCCACACAGUGGUGUCAAGUGACAUGGACACGAUGGAUCAGAUUACGCCCAUCAGCGAAUCGACAGCGGCAGGAAUCCCCAUUAUCGAUGACAAUGUUGUCGGGAGGGCAUCAGUUGACGAAGAGGGCAAUCCUGGAAAUGCAGAAGACGCAGGGGAUGUUGUAGAAUCGCCCAAACUUCACAGCGAGACUUUGGACAAGGAGUCGCUCCAAAAGGAGUCAAUCCCAAGAGAGUCGCUGCAGAUGGAUUUCCUCCAGAGAGAUCAUUCUGUUCCGAUCCAGACAUGGGGGAAGGGCGACAAGAACUGUAGUAACGGCAACGGCGUUCCCACGGCAACGACCCCGCAGGAGGUUAAGGUCGCGACCUCCGGGCACGUGACGACCUGGGGGCGGAACAGAGCGUCGAGGGGGAGCACUCCGGAGGAACAGGAGAACGGUCACGGGACGCAGCCUCUCGCCUCGCAGAUGGUGAAGCUGAGACUAAAAUUAGAAGAGAAAAGGCGGACGAUCGAGAAUGAGAAGAAGAAGAUGGAGCUUCAGUGGAACAGGCAGAGACAGAGAGUCGGGAAGGCGGCGUUCUUGCACGUCAUUUCUCAGAAGAAGGCCCCCACGCCGACGAAAGAACCUCCGCCGGAAAACUACCACUACGACCGAGAGGACAACAACGGGAGGAUUCGGUUCGACAAGAAUGAAGUCAGCGGUCCGUGUAUGACCGGAUUCGCCUCAGCGAAUUCUGCCAUUCCAGAAGAGGUCGUUACAGAGGUUAACCGGGAACCUGCGUUUGCUCCAAAACAGUCCCACGAUAUCCCGAUGUCGCCCAACGAAGCCACAAGCCCAGGUGAAGUCAUUGAUCUGAACGAAUACAACACCUCGUUGGAAAGGCUGAACAGCGAUCUCUCGCUUAUUCAGAAGGAAAUUGCUCGGUUGUCUCAACAUCAGGAUACCCUAAAGAGCCAGUCAUCACCCCCGGCGAAGGAAAGAGUGCCGUCAUCACCUAGAGUAAAACCUGUUGUUUCCAAGUCAUCACCGAAAAGCAAAGAGAAAAAUGUUUCGUCCACACCCAAACUGACUCAUGCGAACGUUGCAGGCACGGUGUCUAUUCCGUCGUCGGUUUCAUCGAACCAAUCACGCUCCUCAAAAAAGCAACAAGGCAGAGUAACAGUGAUGGAAGCGUCACCGACUAUCGAACAUGUGCAGCACCGGAGAUUGGCGGCCAGCCAAUCGGACCAGACCCUGGGAUUGGGGUCCUCUGGGCCACAGUUUGAGGCAGAGAUUCCCAGGAGCGAAUCAGAGCAAGGGCCGACGACGUCACAUGUUAAUCACGAGAACAGUGCCGUGAAUGUCCAGACAACGUAUGACAGUACAGUGGAACAGUGGGCGAUGACGGGGGAGGUUUGUAAACCAGAAGACAGUAGGGAGGAGGCCGUCUUACCCGAGAGCCCCGGAGCAGAGGGCAAAGCUGCCGCUGUGGGCUUCUUCUCUUUUAACUCCGCAGAUGCAGAUAAGACAAAAGAAGAGGAGAUGAGCAGAAAACGUGAGCAGUUCCUGCGAGCACGGAUGAAGCGGGAGGAACAGCUGAAGGCCAGACAGAUGGAGAGGGAGGCUGAGCAGGAGAGGGAGAGGGAGGAGAGAAAACGUCGUCAGGAAGAGGCCGAACAAAGAAAGGCGGAGGAAAAGGCGCGAAAGGAGCUGAUUUAUCAGGAGUACCAACGGAGAAAACACGAACAAGAGAUGGCACAGCAGCAGCAAAGGAAGGGAGCACGGCCCAAAAAAUCCCGCCCCAAGUCUGGGCCUCCUGUGGAUACACACAAGGGGUCGUCUUCAGGAGGCUCCCGGCCGGCGAGUGUUGUUGAAAGUCAUGAUGGGACGAGCGGCAGCUCUGGGAGUGGGAGGAAGACUCCAGACUGGGAACAGUCGUCACAAUCAUCAACUAGUGAAUAUACAGGUCCGAAGCUGUUUGUGAAGCCGAGCACCAAGUCCAACCGGCACAUCAUCAUCAACGCGCUGAAGGACUGCUGUCUGGCUGGAGAGGUCAAUAACCAGGUCAAGGGGAAAGUGUUAGAGGCUCUUGCCAUGUCCGAGUCUUUCCACUACGUGAUUCUGUUCCGCGACGCGCGGUGCCAGUUCCGAGCAGUUUACUCUUACAACCCUGAGAACGAGAAAAUCCACAAACUGGUGGGAAACGGGCCAUCCAGCAUCCAGGGGAAGAUGAUCAACAGCCUUUACAAGUACAAUAGUGGAGGGAAACAGUUUGUAGGAAUUCCUUCCAAAACGAUGUCAGUCAGCGUCGACGCUUUAACCAUCCACAACCACCUGUGGCAGAGUAAGAAGUCGGGGAAGUGAACGCUCUACGCCGCUUUUCAUACCGUCUCAGAUGCGACGGCCACUUGUAUGCGUCGCUUCCUGUCGUUUGCAGCUAUACCAACUUUCAACAAUCAUGUAUUUAGGAAAAAGCCAUUCGAUAAUCUGGAUACAUUUAAAUGUUUCCUGCACUGCUAGUACGUCCUUUCAAAGGUUGCAGUCAGUCUCUAUCUGUUAACCAUUACUCCACCAAGGGUGUACCCAUGUACCAAAUUUUUGUUGGUGACAGCAGAAGGUAGCAGGGUUGGGGUUAACCAUUUCCUUGCUAAGGGUGUGCCUGUGUACCACAUUUUUGUUGGUCACAGUAGGGUUUGUUUUAACUUGCUGUAAGCUAAGGGUGCACAC